AUGGCCGAGUCGGAAAUGGUCCGGUCCGAGAGCGUCGAGCUAUUCAGGGCGCAAAUGGAGGCGUCCAAGAGAGCCGAGCCACCCAGGAAGGAGACGUGGGGCCCGCCGCCCGUGGUGGAGCGAUGGAAGAAGUUCCACUCCCAGCCCCUGGAGGACCAGUUGGAAUACUGCGGUCUCGACCCUCGGGUGUCCCUUUCAGAUGAUUUAAAAGUAGGCUAUUUCACAACAGAUCGAGCUACUCAAACAGAUGUCACGGAAGUCUUGGAAAUAAGAGAGCUGAGUAAUACAACACAAAAACUACUCAAGCUUAUUGGUCUCCUUCAAAGAGAUUUUAAAUACCUGAAAACAUACCUUGAGAUGCAGUUUGAGGACCGCCUGAAAGAAGAAUCCAUGAAACUCUUUAAAAAACUACAAAUGAUUAUUCAAGAAAUAGUAGCUCUUCAUGAAAAGAAUGAGAACACAAUGAGGAAAAGUUUCUACAAGCAGCUCUGCGACGCCAUUGCUUCUAUCAGAGGAGCCUAUUCGCAAUUCUUUGAAAUAGAUGAAGAUAUUGCAAAAUUGCCCACAGUGAAUGCAAACAUUUUCAGAAAAAGGAUUAAGGAGAAAAAUGAUUUAAUAAGAGAGUUACAAGAACAAUUAACAUCCUAUAAAGAAAAUGAAUUGUUCAAAUUGGAAUCUGUAAAGGAAGAAAGCAAUGAGAAAAUAAUACAUCUAGAAAGGGAGAUGAUCGAACUCAGAAGGGAAAAUGACAGACUGGUGAAGUUCAUUACAGGACUUGAAGAGGACCUUCAACUCUGUGAAAAGGCAAAUACACUCUUAGAAGGUGAACUUUUGGCUAUGAAACAAAAAAUGGAGAAGGAUCAGAAACUUAUUCAAAAGUUGACUGCAAUGAAAGAAAAAUUAAGUGAGGAGCUUGAUCAAGAGAAGAAAGCAGUUCUAGACAUGUAUGACCGACAAAAGGAAGAUAUGGAAGAAACAAGAAGGUUCUUGGAAGGUCCAAGUGUUUCUGGUGUCAAGUCCCUCAGGGGAACUCGAAGGGUAUCCUAUGACGAAAAGCAACAUGGGCAAAUUCCCCGCAGGACCCCCACGUCAAAAAUUUGGCAGAAAGAUUCUGUGGCAUCAGGUUUUAUGAAAGAAGGAACACCAGCAGCCAGAGCUGAACAAAGAAGACUGGAGAAAGAAGAUCUAGUAUGGAAAGAAGGAGUAGAUGGUAAACAAACAUUGGAAUAUCAAGUCAAAAAGCUGAAGAGGAUCUUGGAGAUACAGAAGAAACACUUAAAAUGCCUUCAAAUUGAAUCUGAUCAGGAAAGCAAAAUGUGGGAAAGGAAAUGCUUAAUUCUAAGGAACAGCCUGCAUGCCCUCAAGGAUGAGAUGUUUACCAGACAGUCAUUUGUUCGCCAGUUUAUAACGCUUUCUGACACAUCCUUCAAUUAUUAUAAAGCAAAGCCCUUAUACAUACAGCCAAAAGGCAUCCAAACAGUGCAAGAGAAGUCAUAUCAACCUACAGUUUUGCCCCAUCUAGACAGCAGUUCUCAUUCUCAAACCAGUGAAGACUUUUUCUUCUUUGCCAUGCCCAGUACAUCAAGAGUGGUGAUUUCGGAAGAAGAUGAAGAUGUUGAUAUUCAAUAUACAUAAUGAUCAAUGCCCCAAGAAUAACAAAGGGGCAGAAAACAGAGUACCAGGAGAAGACAAAUGC